UCACAUUUUUCAAUUUUUGGUGUGAUUAUGGCGCCAAGUCUUCCCGAAGAGCUUCCAUGGGUGGAAAAAUAUCGUCCAAAUAAGAUAAAAGACCUUGUCUAUCAACAAGAGGCUGCCCAACUGUUGCAUAAUUGUUUGACCUCCGGAAACUUACCUCACUGUCUCUUUUAUGGGCCUCCAGGAACUGGUAAGACCUCUGCAGCUCUUGCCUUUUGUAAAGAGCUGUUUCCUCCUGAAAUAUACAAAGAUCGAGUAUUGGAGUUGAAUGCUUCAGACGAACGUGGGAUCAAGGUUGUCCGUGAAAAGAUCAAGCGCUUUGCACAAGGUAGUGUGUCGAGCGCGCAAUUUGAAGGUUUCCCUUGUCCUCCUUUCAAAAUAAUUAUUUUGGACGAAGCAGAUGCUAUAACGCCAGAUGCCCAAACAGCUUUGAGAAGAACAAUGGAACAGUUUUCCAAAAUUACACGGUUCUUCUUGCUUUGUAACUAUGUCACAAGAGUCAUUGAUCCCCUGGCGUCGAGGUGUGCCAAAUUUCGCUUUCGAUCUCUUCCUAUGCAGUUGCAAGUUGAUAGGUUGAGGUAUAUUGUAGACCAGGAAGGAAUCAUGGUUUCGGACGACAUAUUACAAACACUCACUAGUUGUUGCAAUGGCGACUUGAGAAGGGCAAUUAUGACUUUGGAAAGUGCUUAUUGUCUAGCAAGAGGAAGCAAUAUCACCGACGAGAUUAUCAAUAGUGUUACAUGGCGCGUUCCGGAUCAUGUUAUUUCACAGAUCGACUCUAAUUGUCUAAAAAUAUGCUCAAGUGGGGAGAACACUUUACAGUUUUCUGAAUUGCGUAACAUGGCAAUAGAAUUCAUUAAUAAUGGCUAUCCAGUCUCUGAAAUCAUAUAUCAGUUAUGUGAAGCUCUUAUACCUGUUAACCACUUGAACAAACUUCAAAAGUCUGUUAUUAUGAUAAAAUUUGCACAAGCUGAGAAAAUGUUGAUUGACGGUUCUGAUGAGCUUUUGGUUUUGAUGGACAUUUUCGGGGUUCUGUUUCAAGUUUACAACGAGCCUGAUAACGUGGAGAAACUGAUUUGGUUAACACGAAACUGACGUUAUCAAUGAAUACUUUUGUAAAUCCUCAUAUACGACCUCGUCCACCGCUCUUGACGUUGGGUCGUCCACGCCCUCGCCCUCUUCUUCUUCCACCAUGUGAGCUCGAAUGGUUUGAACUUACUUCCCGAGAAGAGUAAAAGGAUCGCAUAAUUU